CCAGACGAUGACUAGUAGUACUACUAGUAUGGACUGUGCAGUACGUAAAUGCCUUGUUAAGUACUGCAUUGGAACUUCCAGGGGGCAACGAUACCGAAAUCGCAACCGCGGCCUAGACUUUAAAAGUAUGUAGCUGACUGGAGUCCCUCUAUCUCUUCGCGCAUACCACACAAGUUCUGCCUCUCAUGAGUGUAUGGACCUUCGCUUCAUCGAAUUACAUACACAUCCGACUCACGUAGCUACCCACAGACUUCUAUUCCAUUUCUUUUGGAGACAACAACAACAGAUGAACCUACCAGUGAUGCCGAUCAACAAUCAGCACAUUCUUCCUCAGGCUUGCUGCAAGAUCUCACCAAGGAACUCCAGAAUAGGUCGCCGUUUCCUGUAACUUGCGGAGGCUAUGGAGACAUCUAUAAGUGUUGUUUAGCGAAGCCAGAUGAGACCGUCCCGGUACUAGUAGCAGUAAAGACCAUUCGUGCUUUACAGUCUGAUAACGAGGCGUUGAUGCAGAAGAA